ACCCGCUUGUCAUUCUCUAAUCACCAUUCUUAAUUUCACCGUACCCGGAUCCUUUCAAAAGAAGUUAACACGCUUGCAAACCAACAUUUCCUCUCAUUCAAUGCCCUUUCUUUCCAAACUACUGCUGAUGCAGACAAUCCUCAAACCCCUGCUGAUUUCAGUCAUCGCAGCAAACAACGGACAAGCUCUUCAAGUGUACCCUAGUAGGAAACCCUCCAGUUUGUCUCACGUCUUGCACCCCCGUGGCGAAUUUGCGGCAGGCGCAGAAUAUAUACCAUCACUAGACGCCAAACCGCUCGCACCUUACGAAUGCGCGCCAAAACCAUUGGUCCCACAAACCUGGAAAGACCUCCGAAUUGAUGAAUACCUCAAAUACUAUCCUCGUGGACUUGAAGUCAACCUUACUACAUUUGCCUCCCAAAACAAAGCCCUCAACUUCGCGUGUGGUCUGAGUCAGUUCUGCUCUGCCGGUCAACUCUGCUCUCCUAUUAGUGGUCGAGCAUGGUGGGUGUUAGCUGCCGUAGAACAACUCUCAUUCUACGAGAAUUCGCUCUACAUCGCCAUUGCAUUCGCUGCAACCAUUGGAGCCAAACUUGUAGAUGACUUGUACAUCCAAAACGCCAAGAAGAAAUACAAGCUGUUUCAAUCAAUCGCGAUGGUGCUUACCUUAGCCAUGGGUAUUGUGUCGGUCAUGGCAGGCGUAGUUUUUAUGGUUACUCCAGGUCUGCAGGGGCUUGGUGUGAUGGCUGCAGCCGGUGCAGUAGUCGCAAUCGCACAGGUCACGAUGGUCAUGAAAGCACAAGCCGCAGAACUGGAAGCUGGGAAACAAGACACAUUUACCAAAUGGGCCCACUAUGAAAACCAAAUCGCAACCUGGCAAUCGAACACUCAAAAGGAGAUAGGGAUCAAAUUCAAAGAAAUAGUCGAAUAUCCGAUCAGUAGUCGUAGAGGGAUCUUCGGAGCCUUGGAGGGGGGCCAGUUUUGUCGCAAUAAUCAGAAACAGGAUACCAAUGACAUGGAAAAAAAUUUGGCUCGAAUUCUUACCAUCAGAAUGGCCGGUCAGAUACUUAGGGCAAAGAAAGGAUUCAUCACUAUUGGCGAUGGAUGCAGUCAAAAUGGACCCAACGGGGCGUUUUCCAUCGACGAUGGAUGGCUUAGCUAUUGCGACAAGAGAGACGGCGUGAUGAUGAAUGUGAUCUACGAUGACGAUGGAAAAUCUGGAAACCACUUCUACAAUGCCAAGUUGUUGGUUGAGAAGUACCAGAUCACCGCCGAGUACAUCACCAAACAGGCCGUCGAUUGCUCUAAACUAGGGAAAGGACCUGAUUACGAUCCAUACUCAGAUGGAACCAACCUGCCCCUGGAUGUUAAUUCUCCUUGUCUGAUCAACUUGCCUGUCUGCAAUACCAAGGACCGUGGUGUUCGUAAAAAGCUCAAGCAUCACACCACCCCCAAGGCAUGUCGCACCGCAGGUGGGAUGUCUUUAUAGCUUGACUACAUAAAUUGGAUACAAUACCUUCAAAUAAGUCUCACUACUACUAAGGACAUUAGUAAUGUAAGAACCACAGUCCAAAUUUGACGCUCUUUUUUUUCUAACAACAACAACCUCAAAAACACCGCACAACUUGCCUGAUUCUUGUAUAAUUGAAAUAAGUUUGGUUUAUACCGUACAUUUUGUUUUUUUUCCACCAUGAAUGAAGACAUUUUCUAUCCAAAGGAAAAGAAUAUUUAUAGGACUUGCUGAUAUGACAGUUGAAUUUGAAGAGCAAUUUGAUCUUUGUAGAUACUCCAAGUUUUAAUCAGC